AGAACAUACCAAAUCGAAGGAGAGGAAAAUCAAGAAGAAGAAGAUAAGCUAUGGUAGGAGGAGGUACAGAAGCAUUUCCUGAUCUCGGAGAGCAUUGUCAAAACCCUGAUUGCAAACUCCUCGAUUUUCUCCCCUUUACUUGUGAUGGUUGCAAAUUGGUGUUUUGUUUGGAGCAUAGAUCAUACAAGUCUCACGAUUGUACAAAAUCCGAUCACGGAAGCAGAACUGUUUCUAUCUGUGAAACAUGUUCUGUAGCGAUUGAAACAACUGGUUUCGAUGAAGAAGGAAUCAAAUCUAUGCUAGAGAAACACGAGAGAUCUGGAGAUUGUGAUCCUAGGAAGAAGAAGAAACCAACUUGUCCUGUAAAGCGCUGCAAAGAGAUUCUGACUUUUGCGAACAACCUUACUUGCAAAGAUUGUGGAGUUAAGUUCUGUCUGAAACACCGGUUUCCGACAGAUCAUGUCUGCAACAAGAAGGCCGUCGCUAACUCAGGAACAAGCUCGAGAUGGAAUGAGAAGUUUAUGGAAGCUUUGAGCUUGAGAAACGAGAAAGGAUGUGGAAGAAAAACUUCUGUUUCAUCAAGUUCUCCAUCUGUUAGAUCAUUUUAGUUUCCUCUCUCUUCCUUUCUUUGCAACAGUUUGCUUCAACCAAAUCUUCUUUUUAAGUUUCUCAUAUAUUCUCCAUUGUUUUCAUGAGCAUUUCAAAAUGUGUAGCAUUGCUUAAAAGAAGGAAGAAGAUAAUUGGUUUUUAUCAAUAUACCGAUGUACA